GGCCGCUGACUGACGUAUCACGUGAUUCAAAGGGGAAAUAUGGUGGCCUUGAUUUGCGCUGUCAUAAAUAGCACCACAGAUCUCUAAAAACUUUAACUUAGUGAUUUGAGCUGUUAAUGGAAAGUACACAUUUUGUCUGAGGAUGAGCGCAGUGGAGAACGCGUACGGCUCACCGCCGGGUUCAUCGGCGGGAAUUGCAAUUGGCGAGGAGAUGGGACCGAUCAUAGCUGCUUUGAAAGAGGGUAGCGCCAUGACUAGAUACUACGCUAAUAGGAAAAGAACGGCACCAGAUUUAAGGAUUUUCAUGUUAAAAAUGGAAGAGUUUCAGCUUGUAUGGUGCAGGACGGGUAAAGAGGGAGGCAGACAAGAGGGUUCAGGUAUUCAAAAUCUGUGCGCCACAAUGUUGGUUUGGUCUUCUACACCUUGCCUCGGCCACGGGCUCCGAUGUCUAGCUGUACAUCUACACUGUUCAUUCAUUCUGUUGUUGUUUGCAGUUUUCAUUCGAGAGAUCAAGGAGGUCCGGCGCGGUUUAGGUUCUAAAGACUUCGACAGAAAUGCAGAAUCAGCGCGGAGGCUCGAUCCAAACUGCUGUCUGGCCAUAUUUUACGGCACUGAAUUCAAGCUAAAAACUCUCAGCCUUGUUGGUAAGCUCAAUUAUGCUCUUUGCCGGGAUGUUUAUAGCAACACUUUUUGGGUAGAGAGUACUGAGCUGUAAUAAACUCCACAUCUUUAAUGAUUUGGUUCAUUUGUUUAGCACACAGUCAUAAGGAACGAGAAUUUUGGGUCAAAGGACUGGUGUAUUUGAUGUACGAGAGUCUUAUAGCAACACAAGCUGUGUUGAUUCAUAGGUAAGAACAGAUCUUCGAGGAGCGAUUGUACUUUUUUUAGGUGGACUAGAUGUUGAUGAUAAGACCAUUAAAUAGCAUAGUCCAAUCUCUCGUUUUGUCGAAGUGAGGAAAAAUAAGUUGUCUUUAAAAUUAGUGAUGUCAAUAAUUUAAAGUUAUUUUUCCUUGUCACCUCGCUUUUUAGCUUACUCCAAAUUACUUGAAUUGGUGUCUGUUUUGUAAUUGAACAGGAUAUACAAGUAAAAGAAAGACUAUUUCCUUGAAGCGGCUUUUCGUUAGUGUUUUGAUAACUUUUAACACUUAUGUGGAUCGUGCGUGUGGUUUUUAUUUUGUUAUUUUAUGAUUUAGGUGGCUGUUGCGUGAAUGGAACGGCAUGGUUUCUAUCACAUCGGCACCAAAGAGAAAGUAAGUUUUGUUUGUAAGAUUUUUCUGUAAAGUUGACAUUAUCCUAAGUUUAAUUAAUUUUAUGGCAGUUCACGGAAGAGAAUAAAUAAUAAGGAACGGCCGCAGGUGAUAAUUCUUGACAAGAACAUGUCAACAUUUUCAAAUAUAGCUUCAGCUCUAACUCCAAGCAAAUGUGCAGCUCAAAGUUUAUUCCUGUUUUACAGUACUUACUGAUAUAAACUCUCAUGUGUGUUAAAACAUUUUUUAAAUUUGUUGAGUGUAAAAAUAGUUAUUUUGUCUUAUUUCACAAUUUUUGCCUUUUAUUUUCAAGCCCUUGACAUUGUAAUGUAAAUAUGCAUAAUUUGGAAAUAUUAUAAAUUUUUAGCCUUACUGCCUCUGGCAGAUCAGUCAGUGAUAUAUGUAUGUGAUGCUACUGAUCUCUGUGUUAUGCAUGGAAGAACAUUUGAGAUGUACCUGCAUAUACGUAUUAGUUUUAUUAAUUUCAUAUUUGCACUGAGUAUUAAAGUUUGUAGGGAAUCAAGCUACUUGUUCUUCAUUCAAAUGACUCUGUGUAUCCAUAAAUUUUUUUUUCUUGCUGCUUAUUUUAUAAUACAGGAUCCCUUAAAAAUUAAAAAAACCACACAUAGUGUGUUCUCUGUUAUGCUUAUGUUGCAGAUGAAAUGUGUUACCUCAAAUAUUAGCAUGUAUCACAGUUUGAAAUAAAUAAUAAACAGAAAGUUAGAAAAACAGAAGUAAUAGAUGCAAUGCAUACAAAUGAAGAAAUAAUUACCAUAUUGGAAAUAUUAUUAUCAUUAUUUUUACUUUAUGUGCUUGAAUACAUGUGUGUUUUAAAGCACUUAGAAAAAUUUCAUAUUAACUUUUUUAAACAGUGCAUAUUCCAGGGGGAUUCUUUUUUGUGUUAUUCUUUUAUUUCGAAAAAUCGUUAAAAAAUAAUAUGUAAACAAAGAAGAUAAUAAAUAUAUGUUUCUAUAAUAGUGAAUCAAAAAAUAGUUUUUUUUCAUGAAAGAGUUUUUCAGGUUGUUUAAAUCAAGUCUUGUUUACAAAAUAAUAAAUAAAAUAGCAAAGAUUUGCCAUAAACUGUUUGUACUUUCUUCAAUUCUCUCUCUACAUUGUCUUGCGAAUUAAUAUUUUAUUUUUGGAUGUCUCUUUGUAGCACUUUUGGUAUGAAGGAGUUGCGAGCAUUCUUUCAGAGAGCAAAUGUAAAGCUGAGCAAUUCAAGAUUAAAAGAACUCAUUCAGGUUAGAGAUUUUUGGUUUUAUUAAUUCACGCUACCUUCUGAAUUCCUGACGUGCAGUUUGACAGCUUGUAGGUUUGACUCCCAGGCACCACACAACUUAUCUUAAUAAUUUAUUAUUACAGUAGGACCCCAGUAACUUGAACACAGUUAACUCAAACUCCCCUCUAACUUGAACUAAGUCCCAUUUCUCUUGGAUGUGACCCUCCUUUUUAGCCCCUUUUACUAGGAUAACUUGAACAUGGAUAAAUCAAAUUCUCUGCUAACUCAAACUAAUUUUGUUUCCCUUGAUCAAAAAUUACCUCGGUAACUCAAAUUCUGGUUCUUGCAACUGACCGUGAAUGCCAUCCCCUUAGCUCUUCUUCUUGUGCAAUUGGUAAAACCCUUAAAACUAUUACUACGGCAAUUUGUUUUAAUAAGUGCUAUGAACAGAUCAUGUAUUUGACGGCUAUUUUUUACUACAAUAAAAAUGCAUAAUUGUGUUACAAUUUCUGAUGAGAUACGUUUAACCCAUUCGCCCCUGAACCGCCCGUAACCGCCCGUGCGGAUCCAGGUCCUUUCUACCCUUUGUGACGUCAUCAGUUUUAACGGUCAGGGACAACUUUCUUCGGUAACUUGUGCAGAGUGAAGAGAUCUUUCAAACCAUACCAGAAUGACCACAAUUCAGUCAAGGACACCGGAGAAAGAAGCAAAAAACCACGUGACAAGGACCUGAAAAUCUCCAUGAAAAUCUUGUUCCAUUACCCACCUACCUUUCCUUUCACCUAAUCCUAAGAUCCUAAAAGCUUUCCUAAAAACUCUUCCCACCAAAAUGAAGCCUACUAAAUGCCCAGCAAGAGAAAAAAAAAAUGAGGCAAGAAAAGCGAAAAAAGAAGGGAGGAGAGAAAGCGAAAAGUAAAAGUCAAGACUGCUGUGUCACUUUUAAACCCAAAAACUAUGUCGAAAUUUUGCUUUCUGCGCAUGCCCGAACUUCGCAAGCUGAUAUUUUGCAUCUGGAUCAGAAGGCCGCCAAGUGUACGACCUGUAGACCGGUUUGUGGUAAGUUUUAGCUCUUUAUAGCACGACAGUGACCAGAAAACCACUCGACUAGCUUCAAAACGCGUUUUUCGGCAAAAUCUCCAGGAGCGAAUGGGUUAAGCAAAGUACCAAGCUUUUUGAAAAAAAUCCACUUUUCAGCAUAAAACAACCAAAUCUGUCUAUUUCAAGUAAAAUCAGGUGAAAAAGUUGGUAAAAGGCCAUUUUUAGGUUUUUUGAUUAACCCAUUCGCCCCUGAACCGCCCGUAACCGCCCGUGCGGAUCCAGGUCCUUUCUACCCUUUGUGACGUCAUCAGUUUUAACGGUCAAGGACAACUUUCUUCGGUAACUUGUGCAGAGUGAAGAGAUCUUUCAAACCAUACCAGAAUGACCACAAUUCAGUCAAGGACACCGGAGAAAGAAGCAAAAAACCACGUGACAAGGACCUGAAAAUCUCCAUGAAAAUCUUGUUCCAUUACCCACCUACCUUUCCUUUCACCUAAUCCUAAGAUCCUAAAAGCUUUCCUAAAAACUCUUCCCACCAAAAUGAAGCCUACUAAAUGCCCAGCAAGAGAAAAAAAAAAUGAGGCAAGAAAAGCGAAAAAAGAAGGGAGGAGAGAAAGCGAAAAGUAAAAGUCAAGACUGCUGUGUCACUUUUAAACCCAAAAACUAUGUCGAAAUUUUGCUUUCUGCGCAUGCCCGAACUUCGCAAGCUGAUAUUUUGCAUCUGGAUCAGAAGGCCGCCAAGUGUACGACCUGUAGACCGGUUUGUGGUAAGUUUUAGCUCUUUAUAGCACGACAGUGACCAGAAAACCACUCGACUAGCUUCAAAACGCGUUUUUCGGCAAAAUCUCCAGGAGCGAAUGGGUUAAGCAAAGUACCAAGCUUUUUGAAAAAAAUCCACUUUUCAGCAUAAAACAACCAAAUCUGUCUAUUUCAAGUAAAAUCAGGUGAAAAAGUUGGUAAAAGGCCAUUUUUAGGUUUUUUGAUUAACCCAUUCGCCCCUGAACCGCCCGUAACCGCCCGUGCGGAUCCAGGUCCUUUCUACCCUUUGUGACGUCAUCAGUUUUAACGGUCAAGGACAACUUUCUUCGGUAACUUGUGCAGAGUGAAGAGAUCUUUCAAACCAUACCAGAAUGACCACAAUUCAGUCAAGGACACCGGAGAAAGAAGCAAAAAACCACGUGACAAGGACCUGAAAAUCUCCAUGAAAAUCUUGUUCCAUUACCCACCUACCUUUCCUUUCACCUAAUCCUAAGAUCCUAAAAGCUUUCCUAAAAACUCUUCCCACCAAAAUGAAGCCUACUAAAUGCCCAGCAAGAGAAAAAAAAAAUGAGGCAAGAAAAGCGAAAAAAGAAGGGAGGAGAGAAAGCGAAAAGUAAAAGUCAAGACUGCUGUGUCACUUUUAAACCCAAAAACUAUGUCGAAAUUUUGCUUUCUGCGCAUGCCCGAACUUCGCAAGCUGAUAUUUUGCAUCUGGAUCAGAAGGCCGCCAAGUGUACGACCUGUAGACCGGUUUGUGGUAAGUUUUAGCUCUUUAUAGCACGACAGUGACCAGAAAACCACUCGACUAGCUUCAAAACGCGUUUUUCGGCAAAAUCUCCAGGAGCGAAUGGGUUAAUGUGCACUCUGCUGUAUACUGAAGAGCUGAAAUAUUAGUAAACUAUCAAUAUCAACACAGGCAGACCACCCUCUGUUCAUGUGGCAGUUGUUAGUCGAGCUUGCUUUAGCAGAGCGAGACUCUAAAAAUGCAGUCGUUUCUUUUUUGUCUGUGGGACCUUGUUUGUAGGCCACGCGUUCCUAGCGAAGGCCGUGGAAACUGGGGAUAAGAAUCGUGGCGACUUUCACUAUAUGCAAAUGAGACUCGUGAUGAGCAAGCGGUAUAUUUUUGGCGAUGAAUUGACUGAAAUGACGCGUGUAAGUUUGGCAAUGAUGUAAUUUUCCUCGAAUGGAGGCCCUUGAUUUUCAUGUAAUUAUGCACGACAUGCAGGCACUGAAUAAAAAGGAAAUAUUUCCAAGUAGGAUGAGAAAGUAUUGUAGCGGGGAAAUCCUAUUUUGUGGUGAUGGUGUUACAAUUCUCAGAAUAUUGUCGCAAUUACUGGAAAUCUACGGUUAAAUAGAUUCACCUUGGUUUAUGUAUUUAAUUGAUCAAUACAUUUUCACAGUUGUUAAGAUGUUAAGUCGUGUUGCUCUUUAUAAAUACUUGAGAUAUCAAGUAUCCACUGUCAUGUAAUUUUUAUGUACGUACAUGCAUAAAAUUUGCGUUCGCAAAUAAAAUAGAGGCAAUGUAUGAAAGGGCGCAUGUACAAUUAUGUAAGCGUAAAAGAAGAAACUCGCUCAACUUGACGUUUAAUCUCAACACUUUAUAUUUUACCUCUAUUUUAUUUACGUAAAUUAAAUUUACGUGUGUUAACGUGCGGAGCCAAAAACGCUUCAGUGGAAAUCCACUCUAACGUUACGAAUGUGUCACGGAUGUGUUUAUACGGGUAGCUUUGAACUUGACUAUCCACGCACUCUACUUGCAGCACUUCAUGUCCAUAGAAUAGAAAUCCCAUUUCUGGAACUGGUUGCUCCAAGAAUUCUAUCGCUUGAAAGUGUUAAUUAUUUUGGAACAACUGAUCACUUCACUGGUCGAAAAAAGAAAAGAAUAAUCUUAAUGAGCAAAACUUCAAGGUUUACUGGAAAAUCAAGAUCGAGGAUCGAGGAAUCGGGGAUCGAGGAUCGGUUAAAGAGAACUUGAAAAUAAAAUAAAUAAAUAAAUCGUGGAUCGGUGGUGAUGUGGGCCGCAGACUGUAGGUAAAUUUGACAGAAUAUAACCCCAUUCGCUGUCCUGAACACUAAAUUCUAGUAAAGUAAUUCAAGUCUGUCUGAGUCAGUGAUUGUUUUGACGAGAAAGUGAAAUUUUCCUGGAAAAUGAAAUGCUUUAUCCCAGUGAUACUGUAAUAAAAGAAAAAAAAAUUAACAUUUUUUAAUUUUUAAUUGUAUAUUUGCUUGCAGUACUCCCUAUUUUUCUUGUAAUUGUUGUAUGCACGACCCCACCAGGAAUGCUGAUCUUUUUAUCGUGCUAAAAUAAAGUUCUUAUCUAUCUAUCUAUCUAAAAUGUAUGCUGUGUACAACUCUAAACUUUGUACUCUGAGACUGUACGGAGAUGUUAAAAGUAGAUACUAAGCAGCUGUGGAAAAUGUAAUUACUUUCACGCGAUAUUAAUAUCUUUUAAAAGGGAAAACAAAUUCAGGAGGGAAUACGCAUGAACUGAAUUAACUAUGUGUUGUAUAAAGUUCUGUUAAACUUACACAUUUUUCCUGUGCUGAACAUAUACUGUACCGAACCGUAUCUUGGUCCAGUACAAAGAAGCUAUGUAUAUUUAUACUGACAGAGUCAUGGGCCCCUGAUACCGAUAACAAUCAUCGUUCAAUUUUUUGAGCGUAAAAUCCCUGGAAAAGUACUCCUCAAUGGAGCAAUAUCAAUAUGUAGAAGGUUUACAAAGGUUUCACACCGGUUUGAGGCUAAGAUGUGCGGCCUGUCUCUACUUGCAAGUUUUACUUUUUGAGUAUUUACAUUAUGACAUAUGAGACUUGUUUUGUAUUCCAAAUGAAAAAGUAGUAUAACAGCACCGCCGCCUUUGACAACAAUAUCUCCAAGCAAGCGAGACUCAAUGCUACUAAGAGCGUUCUUGUUGUUAUUGAAAUUUGAGCAUCAGUCUUUUGUACUCAAUAGAAGAUUUUUAAAAUUUGUUUUUCACUUUUAAAAAAUUUCAUGAGACACUAUUGAGCAGCACACAUACACUUCCAGUCUUGCAACAUUUUUACGCCCCAGGGGAGAAUCGAAACUCAUGACAUCCAAAUUCUAAAUCAGAUGCUCUAACCAGUGAGCUAGCAGGGCUCUGCACUGUCUGUUACAAACUGUAACUUUAGCUACCGUAAUCCAUGUAAGUAAGAUAUUUUUGGGUCCCACUGUUGUAGCUAAAAUUGUGGGCACCAAAACAUUACAAAUGUCACACCUUGCAAAAUUUUUUUCUGCCUGUUUCCUAGACGUAUAACCAUGAGGUUUGCAGUUCCUAGACGCAAAUCUGUAGGUGUUUUGUGUUCAAUGUAAAAUUCAGUUCGUUUUUAGGUUUAUAUACAGGUACUCUUAGUUGUAUUGUAAAACUCCCUGAUGAUGUGUUCGCUAGUCACGCAAAGGACGUGGGAGACAAUAAAACAAUUUUACAACUCAAGAGGUUCACAGAAGUGCUGCUCACUGGUUUAUCCUUUUAAAAAUACAGAUGAAUGUUAUGGUAGUUACAAUUUACUCCAAAAUUCAGAUUUGAGACUAAAUGUUCAAGUGAAGGUCUAAAUGUUAACUUAGUCACCUGUCAUUUUUUUUGCCUUCCUGAACUGUUUAAACCAUUAUUUUGCAAGGUGAUUGUUUGACCUGUAGUUUAGGACUAAAGGAGACCAGGCUGACAGUAAUCAGCGACUGGCACGUGACUUAGUGCACUUAAAGCUGAAACUGAUGCCAACCAUUGAAUUUCACAGCUUGCAUUGGAAACACCUGCAUCGGAUCGACGAGAUAUGUCUUUAUGUUCUCGCCAAACCUCAACUUAAUCCUUCCAAAAUCUACCGAGAAAAGCGAUCCUGAAGUUGCAAGAGCAUGCAGCUUUCUCAACAUGAUCAGGGCAAAAUUCUUGACUAGUGAAAUUUGAAAUACCCAGUUUGCACAAAUCAUGUUGAGAAAGCUGCUCUUGCAACUCCUAGAUUGCUUUCCUCUGUAGAUUUUGUAAGGAUUGAGUUGAGGUUUGGCAAGAGCAUGGAGACGUAUCUCAUCCAUCCGAUGCUGGUGUUUCCAACCCGCAAAAUUCAAUGGUUUGGCAUCAGUUCUAGCUUGAAGUGGACUGGGUCACGUGUUGGUGGCUGAUUGCUGCCUGCCUUGUCUCCUUCUUUAGUUCUAACCAUCACUCAAAUGAUAAUCUCACAAAAUAACUCUUUAAACAGCUCCGGAAAGUGGAAAAACAUGACAGUUGACUAAGAUAACAUUUCGCUUGAACUUCUCUUGAACAUUUAGUUCCAAAUCUGUAUUUUGGAGUAAAUUGUAGCCCCUGUAAUAUUCAUCUUUAUUUUGUCUAUUGGAUACAAAAGACCAAUGAUUUCAGAUUUCAAUAACAACAACUGCCACACGAACAGAGGGUGGUCUGCUUGUGAUAUUAACAUGGCAAAUUAGGGAUUCAACCGACCCCAAUAACUCAAACCCCUGCUAACUCAAACUGUUUUUCAUUUCCCCUCAGAGUUUGAGUUACCAGGUAAUACAUGGAUACUAAUAUGUUUACAAAUGUUGCAUUUGUUUGACUUAAAAUGCUGAAUUGUGCCAGUGAAUACAUUUACCUUAUUCAUAUCAACUAAACGUGUUUAAUUGAACCAGGUUUAAGAAAUAAUAAAAAUAACAGUAAAAACAGUUGGGGAAAACUCCAACACCAGGCUUUACAUAGAUUCAAAUGAACUCCAACAUGUUUUGUAAUUUUCAGCUAAAUUUGCAAUCAGCUUUAAAGUCAGUAAGCAGCUGUUUUGAGGGAAACAAUUUUAACUGUUUAAAAAAACAAGUUUUUUACAUGUUUAUGUGCUUUGGUGUGAAUGGGAUGUAUAGACUGUUCCUGAUAAAGUGAUGAUUUUCAUGUUGUUGUCAUUAUUUAUGUGAUGUGCUUUUUUCCAUUUAAAACACAAUUUAUUGGUGUCCUAACAUUUUUAGGUGUAGGGGAUCUCCCAAAAUAUAUAUAAAAGUUAUGAAGCUGUCAAAGUCACCUGUAACAGUCACAUACAACUUUCAUCUUGUAGCUUAAAAAAAUAAACUUAUUUUGUACAUUUCCCAAUUAAUGAUGCAUCUUGAUCAAUUGGAAGAAAUUUGGACAAAGUUUUAUUUCAAAUUGGGGUCUCUUAAUUGUAGAAUGUGACCUGAACUGCAAGUAUUGUGACACCAUAGGUCUACAUAGUGAAAGCUAAUCUGUUCUGUUAUGGAUAGAUGGAAUGUAUUGUCACAGAUCAAAUUUGAAUUAACCUAGGUUGAUUUUGUAUAUCCUUUGUCUCCUAGCACCACAAAAAACAAAGGAAAUUGAAAAUCAACCUAAGUUAAAAAAAUCUAACCUGAAAUCAAAUUUGACCUUGAUCUUCACCUGAAUAUCAAAAAAAUAUCGAUUUUUAUAUUUUAGCAAAGUUAUACAAGAGGUAAAAUUAUGCCACAGGUGUAUCCAGCCAUGUACAUAUAGUCUUAUAGAAUGGCAGGUUGAACUUUCAUUUUGAGGUUAUAAAUCUCAUUUAUAGAUUAUAUAUACAGUAAGCUAAAACAUAAAUGAUUGCUAUAAUUUUGUUGCUCAAACUAUGAAGCAAAUUAACUGAAAAAUGCUACUAUAAACCAGUUAAACUGUUUUUUUUUUCUUUUUGAUAUAAGUGUUUGAAGUGAAAGUUACUAAUGUUCCUUCAUUUUAGGCAAAUAUAAAAUUGAGAGUUUCAUUUCUACAAUCUAUAAUAGUUAUAAAUGAGAAUAUUAAUUUUUGAAUUAUAUCCAUAAGCUUGAUAAACUCUAUGAAGGUGUAAUUUACUAACUUUGGUUCUUACUGUUAUUGGUUAGCCUACGGGUAUACACUGUAAGUCUUGAAUGCCAAAAUUUCCUCCCUCUAUUAUCUUCUAAUUUCAAAAACUGCUCUACAAAGUUUAUCUGUUCUCACAGGGCCAAUUAAGCUCAAUUGCUGAAAACUCAGAGUAUUUCUGUUACACUUCUGUAAGUAAAAUACUUUAUGGGGUUGUGAACAAAGUUUUACUGUAGGUAUAAUUGAAAUCUGCAUAAUUGGUGACUUUUCAUUAAUAUAAUAGUAGUAAUAUAAAGUAUUGUAAAAUAACAAAGAAAGUAUGUGCAUUCUGAUUGGUUAAAAACCUAUGCUUUAUUUAACCUGAGAUCAGGCUCAAUUUUCAUUUUGCUUCGUAAUAACAUUCCGGCAGGCAAGGAGAAACGAAAACAGAGCCUGAUACAAACCUUCUAUGAAACGUCUGCCACCCACUUUUUUGAUUGAUUGACAUUUGCUGAAUCAGCCAACCAAAAUUACUUGCGUUGCUUGUUUUUCUAGUAUGCAAAUUUUUCAUGCGUGGGAAGAAUGCAGACUGGCUGACUUAAAAGAUAGCUUUUAGCUGUUAAUUUUUUCAGCUAAAAAUAAAACAGUCAGCACAAUCACUUUUAACUUCUUGCGAAAUUAAAGAUCUCGAAGGUUAUUUCUGGUAGGGCAGAAGGUAAAAAAGUUUUCGAAAAGACAGCGACACAAUGUUCUACUAGUUUUAUUAUUUUGGCUAGACACGCUCUAAUUUAAAAUACUGAAAUUUCUCUUUUUCUGUUGCCUUAAUAUUUUCCUCCGCAAUUUUCCCCAAUUUCCAGUACAUAAAUCUUUAAAAAUCUUGAAGAAAAAUAUCGUGAACUUUUUCAAAGGAUAUAUAAAUUAUUUCAGAACAAACCAAACGAGUUCUCAAGUGUAUUUAAUGCAGUUGAUUUAGUCCUGUGUGUACACUUGCAAUAAUAUUUGCGAAUUUAUUAGACAAACAAACGUCUAAAAAAUAUAUUUAUUUUUAAAAAAUCCAGGUAACUAUUAUCUGCCACUAAAUGCAUGCUCAACUGACCUAUAAACAAAAAGAAAAACAAUAUUACAAACACACUUUGUAGUUCUCCUUAGUUGUGUUGUUGUUUUACUGCAGGUCUAAAAACUAGGCUCGCUGAAUUUAUUAAUCAAAAUUAACAAACAGCCAAUGAGCGAGGACACCAGUUUUGCUGGUUUAUUUCUUACAAAAAGCGAAGGCAAACAACAAGUCUGUUUCCUUAAGACUAGCGCCACUAGCUUUUAUAAUAAUACCUACAAAAAUUCCUUGAACAGCGAUGUGAUAUUUUUUGUCUUAUACUUCACAGUUGGCGAUUGAGAUUUCUUUUGCAGUGAGCCUCCGCUUGCGUACCCCGUUCAGAGAAGUCAUUCCCAGCCAAACUUUCAAAUGAAACCAGUUUUAAGAUGGACGGUAUUUUGAUUUGCACUUGUUUGUUGGUAAAUCAAAAGGCAGCUUGUUAGCGGUCAACAACUUGCAGAGGGAUUCAACUCCGUGAUACACUCACAUUUGUUCCGUAACUAAAGCAAAUCUUGAGAAGAUAUGAACAACCAUAUGAAUUUUCUGAAUUUCCAUGGCACAUAUUAAGGCAUAUUUUCUUACCAAAGACCAUAAAACAAUAAAAAAGACAGCAAAAUCGAUCCUUCUCUCCACCGACGGUGGAUCAUUCACGAAAACAACCACACAAGGAAUAAGCGCUUUCAACUUCCGGUAUUUCCGACAGCCAAUCAGAUCUUGUGACAUUGUUCUAACAGCCAAAAUCUGGCCGUAACGAGCACAAACGUGAGAGAGUUUGUAUCAGGCCCAAUUUUAGCGGUAGCCGUUAGAGAGAAUGUAUGAGAACUGCUAAAAUUGGGCCUGAUCUCAGGUUAUGGUUUAUUGUGCUGGUAAACUCAUAGAAAAGUGAAACAUUUUCCAUUUUACUUAAAGUUAUUUAUAUAAGCAAUAGACCACACUUUCUAUGGGCACCAGCAUUAUAACCCACUUGGGAUGUUGGUAGAACACUUGAAAAGCUUGCAAAUCUCUCAACUUCGGCUCGUGAUUUACAAGCUUUUCUCGUGUUCUCCCAACAUCCCUCGUGGCGGUAUCAUGCUGGUAGAUCCAUAGAAAGUUUGGUCUAUUGCUUUAAUAAGUGCUACUUGUUACAGGGGCAUGGGCCCCAAAGCCUUCAAAAGAUUUACAGCUACAUCAGCAGAACUGCUCUUCAAAGUUUAUAUGUUCUUACUACUGAGCCAAGUUAGGUCAAAUACAUGUAGUGUUAAACAUGUAAUAAAUGUUGCAAAUAUGCUGUCAUGCUGUGAUAGACCAUUGUUUUACAGCAAGAAUCAAAACAAUUUGCUUGUUGUUCACUUACUUCAUGCUUCAGUGCCUGUCACUGGCUGACAAAGCUAUUUAGGUAUUAGGAAUGCUAUUUUACUAGGUACUUACUCCCUAAAUUAUUAAUUGGGGGAAGAUAUUGAAACUUUACUAAAAAGACUGUUGUUCAAAGUUUAUGUGUUCUGACAGGGUCAAUUUUGCUCACACAAACCUGAGAAUUGCGAGUGUCACACAUAUGCUAAUGUAAGUAAAAAAAUGAGUUCAUGAAGAAUGUUUUACAGUGUGAAAAAAAGGGAAUUUUCACAUAAUUGACCACUUUCCCUCACAUGUUGUGUUUUCCAUCAACCCACAAGGAUUACUGAUCUAAAAUAUUGCUGUAGGAAUUACUGGCAGCUUCUGCAAAAUUGCAAAUUUGUAAACAAUUCUGCUCCAGUUUGAUUCUUGGACCUGCCACCAUUUCCUUGCAAAUUGUUAUGUGCAAAAAGGUUAUAUACAAUAGUUUGCUCUUUUUUGCAUGGACACAGUCAACUUAGAUAAAAUCAAUGCAGAUUAUGUUACUGUGAUGAAUUGUACAUGUAUUAUGUUAUAGGUCAAAAAUAAAUUCAGGUUGAUUGUCUAUUUACUUUGUCUCCUAGUCCUAGUCCCUUAGUCAUGAAUUAGGGCUAGGAGACAAAGGAAAUUGAGAAUCAACCUAGGUUCAACAAUUUUUAACCUGAAUAUAAGUUUUACCUGAAACAUAUACAAUAAAGGUGCUCUUUGCAUCUUUAGCCUGUGUUUCUUUCAGGUAUGUAAUUAAACUCUUUUCUCUUGUUACAGUUUUAAUUUGGUCAGUUGUGUUUAAUACAUGUAGUACCUCAUGUUUCUUGCUUUUCCAAGACCAUUUUAUAGGUUCACACCAAUUUUUUUAUAUAAAUCGAUGUUAACAUAAGAUGAUAAAAAAUGUGAUAUUCUAUGGAUUUUGUAACCCUUAUAAAAAAUAAAAAUAACAAAUAAAUUUAAAAAUAAUGAGCAAUUAAUUGUAAAAUCCUUUUGUUAAAAGUGUUUAAACUUCAAAAAAAAUCUCUGGAUUUGAUAUGUAUGUUUAGUGAAUAAUUAUUUCAAUAAUGCACUCUUUACAUAGACAAUGUACGUAUUGAUAACUUUUUAUGCUUUGUAUGUACUAGAUAAUGGCUUUUAACUGAUAAUUAGUGAGUUUUUGUAAUAAGCAUUCUUUAUCUUGUGUAAGUAAUGAUUGAUAUUUAAAAGUAAUUAAGAAGAAAAAUUAAUAUGUAAAAUUUAAAAUUUUUUAAACAUGGAGGAAUCCUUAAAACAGGGGCUGAACGCCUUACAUGGUCAAAUCAAACAUUUGAACAUUCAAGUUGUGAACAUAUCUUACAUCCUCAAAUAAGUGCUCUCAUGCCACCCAUCACUUUGAUAAAAAUCCUCUGCACAAACUAGUGAAUCAAGACAGACGAAGCAAUAUUUUUUACAAACUAGUGAAUCAAGACAGACGAAGCUAUAUUUUCUGACUUAUUCUUGGAGUUUUGUAAUUAGAGGAGCAACCAUAAUUUAGUACUCUGUGAUCCUCAGGUUCUGACAUUUAAAACUUGUCAUUUGAUUAUGUAUGUAACUUUACUUUUUACAUGAAAGUCAUUAAUUCAAACUGAAGAGAAAAGUGUGGUUUUCCUCUGGCUGAGGAACAAAAGAAGCGGAAAACGUUUUUCUCACACACGGCUGGGAGUAUGGGUUCGAGUGUCCAGGGGGUCUUCAGGUCAGGUGGCAUUUCAGAAUUUAGUUGUUUUUGUUGCCUUCCACCAUUGCCUGACCUUCCCCACCCACCCACCCUCCAUUUGUUUUUUGGGUUGUAGGUUUUCAAGUAGUGCCUUAGUUCUGGUUAAUCUUGUUUGUUAAUCUAUUGUAUCUAGGCUCAAUUUCAGCUGUUUUGUCAGCUCUCUUUUUGUGCUGUAACACUAAUGAUUCGUAGUGUUGGUAUAGUAAAAGGUUGGGCUACAUGGUCGGCUUGGCAUGGCUCCAGUUGUGUGUGAGAACAGAUAUUUUUCUCUCUUCAUGUUGAUUUAAUUUACAGAAUUUUAUUUUUCUUAAUGCUGUUUGUGUUGUUUCCAUUGAACUGGUGCAUGGUUCUUUGCUUUUACAACAGAUUGCUGGGAGAGGAGAAGGCCAUGUUGAUUUUGAAGGGUUUCGCAAAAUUUAUGAUGAGAUAAUGACUGUGAAAGAGGUAAGUGUAAUGAUAAAGAUCUGAAAAUUGAUGGAGCAUGGUUGAAAUGUUGCUUUAAGAUUAUAUUAUAUAUAAAUCAUUAAAUCUUGAAUAGUUUCUAAAAUUCUGUACUCAGAUGAAUAAUUUGUGUAAAUGUAUGUGUAAUUUAUGUUAAACAUUUGAGGCUUCUGUUGGAGUGUUUUUGAGGGUCAGCUCAAAACAGUGCCAAAUUUAAAAGUGUAUAUUAAAUGACGUUUUGUUACCUUUACAGCUGACUUUGAGAUUUAAUGAUUACAUAGAGAACAAGUAAGUAGCAGAUUUUAUUGUUUUUUUUUUUAGAGUAUUGUUUAUUUUAGCUGUUUAAUACAAUGUUUUUCAACCCUCCUAACUCAGUGUUAAGACAAACAAUUCUAGUUGGAAGUAAUUAAUGAUAUGUUGUCUGUUUUUACUGCAGCACUUAUGUACCCUUAGCCAACUUUCAGAGGUUUCUUUUGGAAGAACAAGAAGUAAGGAUGCUCUAACAAAUGCGCUCUAAUUUUAGCAUUAUUGUAGUCUUGAUUGAAUUGUGCUAUUCAUGUACAGUACACUCGCUCAAAGUAGACCAGGUUCCAAGUAAGAGGUACUACUUGUCUCAAUCACCCAGUUUCCAGUUAUCAAAACUCAUAUGCACUUAGCCCAGAGGCUGACAGGAGUACAGUUGUAUAAUUUAAAAGAAAUGCGCUGAAUUAUUCAUCCCUGAAUCUCAAUGCAAUGGCCCAUUUUACAGUUGCAGGUGAAAACAAGGCUGGAGUAGACCUUGUUUUGAUACAGCCCUUCCUGCUUUAUUAUGUAAAUCAUGUCUUUCUUAUGCUAACUAGUAUUUUUUAAGCAAAAUUUACAUUAGAAAAGGAUCGAGGUUUUUAUCAAAACAAGGUCAACCUCAGCCUCACGUUCACUCAAAGGCUAGGACACUAAGCACACAACUGUAAACUGGCCUAUUAGAGCCAAGUAUGAUUUUUUUUUUUCAAAUCUAGCCUUAUUAUUAUCAGUAGAUAGCAUCUUCUCUGUGAUUUUCACUUGUUUGUAUGUUGUCGAACUUUCUGAGACUGCAUGGCUUAAAAACAAACAGCACUGCACGCAAAUGUAUCAGAGAAGAGUUUUGAUACAGUGGUUGUAGGAAUUCUUGAACAUGUGAACUAAAAUAACUUAAGGUGGUCCUUGAUUAUGCCAAAUCCAAAGUUUUGGAAGUUCAUUUUAAAUAAUGUGAUAAUUAUUUGCUUUGCAACAUUCCAUUACAUUCUUGCAUUUGCAAUUUAGUUUUCAUAUCAAAAGUGUAGCUCAGCUGUGAUUAUUCUUCAGGAAUCUGGUGCUAUAGACAUUGAAUCUGUCCGAAGCUAUAUGUUGCAGUAUUUAGCAGAUGGUAGCAGAAGCUAUUCUGAGCCCUAUUUCACUGUUUCAGAGGUAAAUGAUUAUUAAGUAUUUAGCAGAUGGUAGCAGAAGCUUUUAUGAGCUCUACUAUGUGUCUGUCUUAGCUAGAGAGAUGUCAGUCUUAGAAAGAGUCAAAUAAAGGGAUUAAAGAAAGGCAGGGACCAACUCUAGGUGUUUGUUUUGCAGAGGUUUCUAUCUUCCAUAUAUAGAGGUGUCCAUUAAGGAAGAGUUGACUUUAAAACUUUUUAAUUGAAAUAGAACAAGAUGUUGAUGUCAGAUCCUUUCUUCUCCAAUGAACUUAAGUCAUAAAACAGUGCUUCAAGCUGGCAAGUAGAAAAAAAUUUUGGUGACCAAAAUUGCUGUGAAAGUCACCAAUUUGGCAACUUGUGUUUAGUAGUCACUUGCCAAGCUAUUCCCAAGAAAUUCUUGAUAUUUUGUACUAUUUCACAGAAGGUUGUAACAUUAUACACUUAAUGUCAGAUACCAAGGGAAACAGUUUGUUUUGUUUUCCCAAGGGUCCUGAUGUUUCCCUAGACAAAUUUGUUAUAUUUCUAGAUUUUCACUUCAACAGCAACAAAGAAUUUCAGAGCAAGUCAAAACAGUCGACUUGUUACUUACAGCAACACAAAAUAAUUCUCAAAACCAUUGAGUGAAUGAUUUACAAAGUACUUUCCUUAUACCAUUUGCAUCUUUUUCCUCCACUAGUUGCUGUUUCUCUUCUGGGAUAACUUUUAAAAUCAUUUCUUUUUAGCUAGAGGCUUCACGUUUGAGUUGUUGUGUUCAUUCACAAAAAAGUAAUGCUGUAAUGUAUCCCGAGUGGGGUACAAUUCAUGGGUGGACCCAGGGGCAGGGCCCAGGGGGACUGGGCCCUCCCCUUAAUUUUAGACCAAACUGAGGCUGAAGGGCCCCCCUUAUCUCAGGGUGUGGAUAACCGGGCUUCCCCCUUACCUGAACAUCUGGAUCCGCCAUUGCAAUUGCUCAAAUGUGUCACAAUCGGGAUACAUUUGAUUUUAGUCAAGGCCAUGUGAGCAGGAAUCAACCAAUGGCAGUCCCUGUUUAGUUGAGGGAAAGUCUAGGAAUAUAACAAUAUCCAUUGUCAAAAGUUACCUUCUGCAACACAGGGGAGUAAGUAAAUUGGCUGAAGAACUUUUAGCUGCAGUAAACUUUCAGGGCGGAAAAACGUUCUGCGCAAGCUACUGUGCAUCCUUUAUCGCAGGCUCAAGGCGGCUUUUCUGUGUGUUGACAGUGUUCGACAGUUUGUUUGUUUGUCACUGAGAGAGUUCUGAUUAAGACUGAAUGAAAUGCACAAGGUGUGAUCGUUUGCUCCUCGAAAAGCCUUUUUACUUUUGUGUGGUUUUUGUUUUUCGUCACUUGAAAAUUACUCUGGACUCGGAACAACCAACGUUAAAGGAAAAACGGAUCAUUCCGUCAGUCUGAGGUGGAAUAAAGAGUUUUGAACAUUUCCAAAGAGGCGAGUAUUUUUUUGAUUGUUCAUUCGAUUUAUUUGUGAGUUGAUUUCGCCUUCUUUCGCCGGUAGAAGGCCAGUAAACUUACUCUAGAAAAAAAGAAUCAUUUUUCUGUUGUUCAAAUACUAUAAGUAGUCAGAGUUUUCUUCACUUUUAAUUACAUAGCUUUGUUUUCCACUGCACUGUGAAAGUUUCUCUUCUUUAUAAGAAAUAACUUUCUGUACGCAAAUUUUCCAUUUCACUCGCUGUGAAGUAGAGGACAACUGCCGGCAGUCACUUCAAAACAAUUGACUCUGCCCGUAACACUGAAUUGCUGGAGCUGGAUUUGUCUGAAGCGAGCAAAACAAAUACCCUUAUGUGCAGUUUUCUGACUUUUGUAACGAUUGGCUGAGUCUAAUUUGCUUGAAUGAAGACCCUCACAUGGACCAGUUAUUCACUGAGUUAAAAAUAAAGCGAGGAGAAGAGCUACAUGGUGAACCAUGGUUUAGCUGCGAAGCUCACUGCAACCGAUCUUUUGCUUUUAAGAUCUUUAGGUAGGUUGUUUUCGUACAAAAAAUUCAUUUCUUCAUUGUCAGCAAGAAGUUUUUGCAAUAAUGUAAUUUUAACUUUGUUUGAAGGAAAUCCUACUUACAUGUAGGUUUUUGACAGAUGUUAUGCAUUUUCAACUUGACAACACAAAGCAUAAUUUAUAUUUAUCUCUUAGUACGCGAAACGAUCAAGUUUAAAAAUAAACUAUAGUUGCUUUAAAACCGAUUUUUGGGAAGAUUUUACUAGAUAAAGAUUGACCUUUUUUCUGCCCGCAUAUCAACGCAAUAACUUCUACAUUGAGGAUUUUGUUUAUAUUUUAGUUACCUGCGAAACUGCGAGUGUCCGAUUGAGCGAGGGUUUUAAAAUAUCAGCUCGAGUGCGACAAGUUCAGUGCCUUCAAACACAUUGUGGGCAAGCGUUAAUUUUUUUGGGCAAAUCACUGUCCAAAGAUAUGUUGUUUUUGUGUCCACAGUGGAGCUCCGGACCUUAUAUAUCCAGGAACUUCCUUAUAUGAACACAUUUUGUGAAUGCAUCUUGAAAAAAAUAGGACCUACGCAUCCACAUUUCCAGUACAACGCAAGGAAUUUGAUGUUGUUAAAGUCCGUUUUACUAUGAGGUAUUCUUCGAGAAAAUUAAGUAACGACAAGGUUAUAACCACAGCUUGCAACUUUUGAAGACAAAUAUGCCAGUUCUUUCCAGGUUUUGAGUGGCAACAUCAUAUUUUUAGGCAAUAAAAUAUUUGAAAUCCCGCCAUUUUUUCAAACCCGGUCAGGGGAUGUGGGCAAAAAAGUUCACGCAUGCUCAUUACGUUUUUCCGCCCUGAACAGUAAACUAUUCUUCCCUGACUAAAUUUUUUUUCUAAUGUCAAUGCAUUUCUUUUAGUUUCUAGAUUACUUGAUGUCAAAAGGCAACAGUGCAUUUAAUUCAUCACAUUGUGAAGUUUACCAAGAUAUGACCAGGCCACUAGCUCAUUAUUGGAUUGCAUCUUCACAUAACACGUAUGUUACACUUUUUUCAAACUUAUUUCAUUUACCUAUUGCAGGGGGACCUGUAACUGUAAAGACAAAUUUUGGCAAAAUUUGAGACCCUUGGUUGCUGUGGUUACACUUGGAUGCUUUUUUAAAGUAAUUUUUGCAUUUUUUUUAUAAAGUAUGAUAUGCCACUACAUGUAAAAGCAGCACAAGGUUUUUUUUAAAAUAAUACAUAGUGUUUUUUCUCUCUUUGCCCCACAAUCAGACUUGCUCUUCUUGCUAACUAAGCAAGUCCAAGCACCAUUUAAAUCAAUCUUUCAAGAACUCAAUUUUACUUUACCUUUGCUGCUGCAUACUCUUGUACAACUGUUUCUAUAUUACAAUAAGGCUUCUAUUUAGGAGAAUCAUCUCCUCCUUUUUAUAUCCUGCAUUUGACUUUUUUUGACAGUUACCUGACAGGAGAUCAGUUUCAGGGUGAAGCAUCAGUAGAAGCGUACAUACGUGCUCUCAGGAUGGGCUGCCGCUGUUUAGAACGUAAAUAUGGAAUAAAUAAUUUGCUUCAUUCACGUGUAGUUACAACCUAUUAGUAUAAAAGUAUUUAUGGGUAAAAAUUGUUAUUUAGGAACAAUAUAUGCAGUAAUUGAUUAAAUCACAUUUAAUGUAUAAUUAUUGGUAUGUCUUAUCCUCAGUUUUUCUCUUUUUUAUAACGUACAGUAAGCUCAUAAUAUGAUUGUAUUAGUCAUUUUACUUGGACCCUAUUGUGACAUGUAUUGUUUUUUUUUAGUUUUUAUGUGACAUUUGCAUGACAUAAACAAUCACAGAUUUCUCAAUUGCAUACUAGCUACUUAGACCAAGAAUCACCUAGUGGAAGUGCUACCUCUAAAUCAUUAUUUAUUUGUUUGUUUAUAUGUUUAUAUAUAUAUUUUAUUUAUUUACUCAACUUGCAGUUGAUUGCUGGGAUGGUCCAGAUGGACAACCUAUUAUUACCCAUGGACACACACUUGUAUCCAGAAUCAAAUUUGUGGAAGUUGUGCGUGCAAUCAAGGACAAUGCAUUUGUUGCAUCAGAGUAAGAAAUAAUGUGUAUUUGUUAUUUUGAAGAAAAGAUGCCGAAAUUGGUAUGACUUUGUACUGUUGCUGGUAAGAUUAGACUGACUUGAAAAUGAAUUUUAGAAUAUCAGGGAGAAGAAGAUUGGGGACCAGCCCUUAUGGACCAUCUCAGUCCUUGAAAAUAAUAAUUGUAUAGGUUUAGUUUGAAUGAGUUAUUUCCACCUGUUAAAUCUCGUUAAUUUAAGUUAUUUUUGGAAGAAUUUUGUCAAAGUACAAUAUACAAGUUUUAUUAUUUGUAGCUGCCACCAUCUCUUUUAGUUGCCUAAUAUUCCUGACAACAAUUCUCACCAUUGUUGUAAAUGAUGUUAUUGUCAUUUUCACCAUCAUUGUCAUCAUCAUUGCUAACACUGUCUUGAUUGUCAUCGUCAUUUUCAUCUAUUAAGACAUUUGCUUAAUUUUCAGUUAUCCCUUAAUUUUGUCACUGGAAAACCACUGUAGCAUACCUCAGCAGAAAGUAAUGGCACAGACAUUCAGGGAUGUUUUUGGAGGUUUGUAAAAAAAAGUUAGGUAGUUACUUCAUAGUGUCCAUCCUAUAACAUUGAAGUAAUGAGGAGCUGCCAAUGAAGUGUUGAGGUUGAAGAAGGCCAAGGAAGGCAAGAUUUAUGAGUCACUGAAAUAAAAUGGAUGGGUACUUUCAGCCGACAUAAUUUUUGAAUGUUAGUUUUGUACAACUAGUUUGUCAAAACUUCUUCAUGUGUACUGCAAGCAAUGUGACUAACCAGUGGCAAUUAGCUGACAACUAGCCUGACUGGCAUGAUAACUAUUUUGUUUUUUAAAUGUCAUUGGUUAUGAUAACUUAUCGUGCCUGGAUUGAUUGCAGAUCUUCUGUUGACGCAACCAAUUGAUGCCAAUGCAAAAGAGAUGCCAUCACCAAGUGCUCUGAGGCACAAAAUCAUCCUUAAGGUACUGCUGCAUCCAAGGGUUUUCCAGAAAAUUUAUAAUAGAAGGAGAAAAAUUCAAGAAGGUUGCAGUAGGUUAGAUAGGAGCAUAGUUCCCUUUACAUGUACAUGACAAUUAGCCAGGUUUGUCAAUAGAUACAGUGUAUAGGAGGAGGGAUGGGAGGGGCAAGUCUUGCCACCUUUCUAUUGGGACCUUGAAAAGUACAUAAUUAUGAGUGUAUUUUGAGUGACCAUGGAAAGAAUUUUAGCUAAGAGGAUGGUUUCUCUUACCCGCAUUUGUUUUUUUUUUACAUCAUAAUAGUGUAUUAUUUUCUUCAUUUAAUAAAACUGUUGUAAGACAAAUACAAUAGACUCACUAUACAACAUGAUAACAUGAUAAUGAUAAUAUUUUCUGUGUGUAGCUCACACUUCUGAGCAGACUAAACAAUGAUUUUUCAUUUCAUGAUUGUUGGAGCUGUCAGAAAACCUGGACAGCCUGUUUAUGACCUUACUUAUCCCCCACUCUUUAAACUACUUAGUUCUUCAAACUUAAAACAUCAAGAAACAUGUGCAUUUGUUAAUUUCCCUGCUGAUGUGAAUGAAAAUCAAAUAAUUUACUGUAUGUUAUUUUUGCAGCAUAAAAAACUGCCUAAAGACCCCACUCAGGUUACAGACACAAGUAUUGGUGACGCACGUAGGUUUAACUAUAUUGUUUUAUUUAUUUUUUGCUGUUAUAUGAAAUGAGUUUUGUUCAUUAAUGCCUGCGUCACAAGUGGAGGUUGGGUGCCCAUGUGCCAGGGGGCUGCAACCGCAAUACACCCCAAAGCGGAAGAACACCCACAGGCCUACCAACCCACAACCCAGCCAUGAGCCCCCUGUGCCCAGCCCCCCACUAUAACACCCGUCACACUGAGGCCAGAAGCCCAGUGGAAGUAAAAUGAACAAACCCCCGGAAGAAUAAAUAACUAAAUAAAUAAAUAAGAAAGAAAGCGGAGGGAGGGAGGGGAAUUAAGAGAAACGCUACGCUACUGGAACGCCACGCCACGCCACGCCACGCUAUGCCACGCUAACAAAGCUUCGACAACAACGCAAACACACCGUAGGCACAUGGCCUCUGCAUGCGCCAAAGCGACAUACCGCUGGACAGGAAUCUGCCCCCCAUGCUCACGAACAAUGGUAAACACUACAAACGCAAACAUAGUCACGCAACAACGUUACAGACGACCAACACGCCACCAAAGAAUGCCAAAAACACCCGAGACCAUAGCUCCUAGUCGUUAACUGCAUUAAAUAUGAUUUAAUAGUGUUAAAUCUUUAAGAAAUGACCAACAUCUACAAUGUCUUGGACAUUACCUUAAGUAACUUCUCAAGAAAAUUAUGUUAUUUAUGUUAAAUUCAGGUCAAAUUUGUUUUGCCCUAGGUUGGUUCUAAAUUUGCUCUAAAUUAUUCAUGAAAUUUAGAAUCAACCUAGGUUAAAAAUUUUGACCUGUAACAUUAUACGUGAUGAAAUGCUAGUUCAUUGUUGUUUAUAAAUAAUUUUAUAGAAAAUGUUCUUUGCUUUCUAGUAGUAGAGGAUGAUCUCAGUCAGUCACUGAAGAAUGGAUACCUGUUACUCGAAGAUGAAAUUGAUCAUGUAAGUUCAGUUGUUAAAGUGUGCAGGAGUCUAUGCAGACUUAGAAUGGGAAUCAUUGAAAUACUGCUUUGCCUGUGGACAUGCAUGUGCUACGUUUACAUCAAGUGACAACAAAUGAUGUAGGAUAUGAUUUUUUCAGUGUUCUUUAAUCAGCCACUGUUUAAUUUGGAGGUAUGAUGAAAAGUAAACUAUUAAUUACUGUAGCAGCUAUAGCUGUACUAACUUUUCCCCUUUUUAUUUACCUCUCAACAAAAGGGUUGGAAGCGACACUUUUUCUGUUUAACCAAGGACAAACUCUUUUGGACAGAAGAACAAACAAAGUCUAAUGAUGAUGAUGAUGAUGAUGAAGGACUGGAGGGAGGUGGCACUGGAGAAGUAAUUACCUUUUUAUUUAUUCAGUUUAGGGAUGACCAAACAUUAGACAAGUGCAAGUGUUAAUUGGUCUCUAAAGCCUGACUGCCUUCAACAACAGCAUAAUAAAUUAUUUAGCAAUUAAUGAAUGAGGCUGAGUAGUAUAUUAUGAAGGAUUAAGCAGAUCGAGGAGGGUGUUAUCCACCGAGGCCAAAGGUUGAGGUGGAUAACACCCUCCAAGAUCUGCUUAAUUCUUCAUUUCCUAUGAAAGCCAAAUUCAUUAAUUGUUUUAUUAUUCAUUCAAAAUAAUUUUUAGUUUAAAAACAUAGCUAAAACAUGCUUACCUGCAUCAAUGUUAAGUUCAUCUUCGAUAGUGUACGUUUAGGUUUGUCCAGCUCCGCAAAUAUUCUCCAAAUAGCAGAUGUCGCCCUCCGGGUUGUCUUCUUGCUUUUUUUGUCAUGUUUUUAGCUAUUAUUUUACCUAGUUCCAGCUGUUGUUCUUACUCUUAAAACGAGUGAAAUGUCUGCCUUUUUUUUCACAACCAAAACAACUCGACAUUGUCCCCAGGUCUUCUCGUUAAUGGUGCCUUAACCCGUAGCAGGCUGCAUUUUUGAUGUCAUUUCCUUGUUAAACACAAAUUUCUUCCAAAUUUGGUCAUCAGUAAAUGGUUAUAGUGGAUUAUGCGUGUGCUUUUAGCCAAUCAGAAUUGGGGGAAAUAUUUUGUCUGGGCCAGGUUGUUCAGAGCUGGGUUAACAUAACCCAGGGUUAGUGUGAAUUAAAUUUGAAUUCAGAUUUGGAAGCUUAAAAAGUAAAUUCAGUUUAAUUUAUUUCGUCAACAAGUUGAUAAUUGGAUGCUCUAAAAAAUAACAGAGAAAAUUAUGUGGGAAAAUGCUUUUGAACAAAAGAAAAAGAAACCCAGGUUAAAUUUAUCACUGGGUUAAGUGCUAAUCGCCUUUCGAGCAACCGGGCCCUGGUUAUCAGUUAAUCACAUUUUUCAUGACUGUAUAUAAACUCAUGUAAAUAUUUCAAGUUGUAACAGAUGUAAAUAUUUUUGCCCCACUGUAAUUUUAUUGUUGUAUAUUUGUUAUUAUUGUAUAUUACGACAGAAUAGCCCCAUAUAGAGGGGUUGUAAUAAAGUGUAUGUUAUGUUAUGUUAUGUUAAUCUCUCUGUAGCAGAAAUUUUGUGCAUUGGUAUAUGGAUAUAAGCUUUAGUUUUAUGUUUCUUGUUGCAGUCCUCUAAAGACGAACUUCACUUUGGUGAAAGGUUUGCUCAGAUUUAUUUUAGUAGAAUUACAAACAGUACUAUGUGAAGCUUGAUGUUUGGGUCUUUGAACUGGAGUUCCAAAGACAUGGAGGGAUUGAAGAUAUGAAAUUUCCACAGGGGACAGACAAAAGUGUAUUCCUUGAAAAAGCUUAUUUUAUGGACUUAAUCAUAUCGCAAAUAAAGCACAAACUGACGAAGCUGCUGACAAUGGCAGGAGCAGGAUACAAGAUCGACUAACAAGCAUCCUUCAAUCUGACCAAUCUGGCAUGUGUUCAUGUUCAUUUGCUAAAGAAAAACCAACAAAACGUGGGCUGUACAGCUUCAUUGAUUAUUUUGUCCAUUCAAUUUGAAACAUGUUUUUUUUUUUUGACUGAGGACACCAUUUUAAUUUUUGAAACUUGUGGGAUUAAGAGCGACUGCUGACCCAAAAAGCUCAAAUUCAAGAUGGCAGAAAUACUCAAUCCUCUUUAUUGUAAUAUUUUCUGAGUGUACACAUGUUCAUUAAUGUUCUGUACCAGUUUGUUGCAAUGUAAAGUUAAUGUAAGUUGCAUCUGUUGAAUCCGAAGGGCUUGUUUAAAAAUGGAGAAUGGAAACGGAAGGGGGGAGUUAAUAGAGAGAUUAAGUAUAAUUCACGUUUACGGCAAACAGGAAGCUGAUCACAUGAUCAACUAAUGCAAAAGGCCUAUUAUCAUUUUGAAAUGGAAAACUCAACACUGUAAGGGAUUAAGUGGGUGGUAUUUUUACAGACAUCUCUCAAAAAAAUAUAUGAUGUCUGAAAAUUAAUACUAAGAUUGUUGUCUCUUGUCUUACCCAUGUUUAAAUUAGUUAAUUUUAGAUACUCUUAUAGUAAUCUAAUGGCGUCUGUUUUAGAUGGUUUCAUGGCAAGCUUGCAGAUGGACGAAAAGCAGCUGAAAUCCUUCUAAAUCAGUUUAAUCGUGGAGAUGGCUCUUUUCUGGUGCGAGAAAGUACAACUUUUGUUGGGGAUUUUUCACUGUCAUUCUGGUAAGCUAGUGACUAUUUUUGGAGGAAUGAAUACUGUAUUCCAACUUACUUUUCACUAGUAGUUUACACUCCAUAACUUAAGGCUAAAGGUUGUUUUUUAUUAGUUGAAUUGUAGUGUUUAUUACUGGCAAUAAAACAGUUCUUAUUGUCCUUUCAGCAUGACCAUUGAUUGUAAUCCAAAUUGUUACAGUUUGUUUUAUGAGCUGAUUAAAGUAGUUUUCCCUCAAUAAGUAGGAUUAUGCCAUUCACUGGAGUACAAAUGCUUUUGUAUGAUGCAAUUUUAAAUGCAUCAGGCCUACUUACAUACUUACAUACUUACAUAAUGAGUGUGGGUCCAGCAGGGAAGUCAUCCUCUAACAAAACCAUUAUAAAGACCAGUGAGAUGUGGGCCUAGUGGAGAAACAAAAUGUGAGAGCUUCUUGCCCAAAGGACAAGAUGGAAUUAAAAGUUUUUCUUGAAGACCUGUAGAGAUGAACCUAAAUUGGAAUGUUGUGUUUUACAUCUGUUCAUUGUUUUUCUUUUUCCCUGAAAUAAUCAGGCGAAAAGGCAAAGUUCAACACUGCCGUAUCAAAUCCAAGCAAGAGUGUGGACAGACAAAGUAUUACCUGGUUGAUCAAGUGACGUUUGACAGUUUAUACAGCCUCAUCAAUUUCUAUCAGUCUCAUCCUCUCAAAAGUAUGAACUUUGAACUCACAUUGACAGAAGCAAUACCCCAGGUGACUGAUACUAUUAAGUAGGUGAACAUUAAUUUACCCAAAACACUGAUAUUUCAAGAAAAAUGUUGGUACUGAUUUUUAACAGUGAAUAUGCAAACCAAAAAAAAUCUGUCCUGAAAAUGUGUCACUUUGACACCAUAGUAAUAUUUCAUGGAUGCGAUAUGGUAUUGAUUUUAACCAAAUAUCAUAAUAUUUACAACAUUGAAUUAUUUUUUUCUUUUCCCUGCAUCAUUGAUGACAUGUACAUCAGCCAAAUGCACAUCUUGAAAAAGAGUAAGUACACUGAAACACAUUGCUUUGUUCUACAAGGAUUUUCUGUAUCAUUCACUAACAUUUUUUACUUCCAUCUAAAUAUAAGUGCUUAGUUUUUAAAUUUUGUAGUUCAAAAUGAAAUUCAGUCAAUUCAAUGACAUAAUGAAAGUACUAUAAAGGGUUAUGCAACAGAUGAAAUUGAGAAUCAAACUACUGUAGGUUGGAAGCACCUGGCUUGAAAGAUUAGGCAGCUGGAAAUACUGCUUUUAGUGCUUAUAGAACUGUCAACUGCUGCAGGGCACCCAGGAUUUCAAACGUGCAAUGUGGGCACCCUUUAGCUCUUUGAAGAGCUGAACCUUCCAUGAAAAUAUCUUGGUUCUAUUCCAGUGAGGAUAAUAAAAUAUAGUUGCCCACGUGCAGUGUAUUCCAACAGAUGUGUAAUCUUUACACGAAACUCCUGCUUAAAAAUUGUUAAUCGCAGCUAUACACAGCAAUUGUUUGUUCUGCUAGUACAGUCAUGCAUGGCAUCUUAUUUUUCUCAACUUUUAGUUGGUACCAUGCUAAUCUCAAAAGAGACGAGGCAGAAGAUAUGUUGAAGAGGGUGAGAAAAAAUGGUGCCUUCCUGGUGAGAAGAAAAGAAGCUGAUCAACCAACAGCAGAACAGUCAGAGGCUGCGAUGCAGCGUGAUGAAUCAUAUGCCAUCUCAUUUAGGUUAAAAUUUAUUGCAGUUUUCCAUUUAUUAUUAUUUGCAUUAGUUUAAUUCAAUAAUUCAAAACCAACAACAACAAUAACAACAACAGUCAAUAUUAAUUAGUGCUCCGGGAAAAAGAAGAGAGGUAAACUACAUGUUGACAAUUAGCAAGGUAGAGAGCACAGCCACAUAGAAAUAACAGAUGCUUGUCGUGCUAAGUGGCUGACCAUUCUGAGAAAAGUAUUUACAUAUGUAUUAAAUAAAGAAAUACACACAUAACACACCUAAAGAAAAAAAGACAAAACAAAACAGAAACAAAAAACUAAGCAGCAUCGCCUCUGUACAUAAUCAGCUGUGAAAAAAGUACAUCAAAGAACCAAUAAACAUUUAGAGAUAAGAGAUUCUUUUAAGAGCUUUUUGAAACAAGAACGACUCUCUGAUUUAAGAUCUUCAGGAACAGAAUUCCAAGGUUUAGCACUGCUGAAACGGAUAUUAAAUUUUCUGCAAUUGGUCCUAGCUUUAGGUAAAUAGUGAGACUUCUUAGAGGCCAGUCUUGUUUUAUAUUGAUGUACUUUUUUAAUGGUUUUAAAAAAGUUAUUAAAAGUGCUAGGAAAACUGUUUUAGUAAAAUUUGUACAUAUAAAGAGCAUUGUCUAGAUAUAUUAAAUCACAAAAUUUAAAUAGCCCUAACUCAGGAAAGAGAGGACUAGAAUGAAAAUUAUAAUCAGAGAAGGUAAUUCUCCUAACUGCUUUCUUCUGAAUGGUAGUAAGUGUCUUCAGAGAGGUUUGAUAUGUAUUUGCCCAGGUAAUUUAGCUAUAAACCAAGAAGGUAUCUGUAUAAAUUAGCUAGUAAAUAUAACCAAUAUGUAUAUGUAUAUAUAUAUAUAUAUAUAUAUAUCUAAUUUUAGAAUGUAUUCCAAUACAACAUGGAAGUGGGACUCAUAAUGUAAUUCUAAAUAUUUAAUGAACUUUUCUUGUCUUAUCUCCCGUUAGAAAUACUAGUUUAACUAUGUGAUUUGUUGGCUUUUGAUUAUUAAUUAUGACCUCCAAUUCAGAUAGACUGCGAUUUGCAAUAAAUUAGUAUCAUCUUCAAAAAUGUGAAAGUCAAAGAGUUUGCUAUCAUUACGGAAGUCAUUAAUAAUAUACAGAAGAAAUAAGAGAGGGCCUAGGACAGAGCUCUGAGGGACACCAUUAGUAAUAACAAGGUCAUCAUUGUAACUAAUAUAUUAUUAAUAAGAUUUUCUUACAUGUAUGACUUCGUCAUUUUGACUUAGUUAUCUGCAUAACCAAACUCAGGACUUAUAACCACAUCCACACUUUAAUGUGUCCUAAUUCUGUUAAAUUGCAGAGCUGAAGGCAAGAUUAAACACUGCCGAAUAAAGCGUGAAGGUCGCCUUUAUACAAUAGGCACAGCUCAGUUUGAAAGUUUGGUUGAACUGGUUGAGUUUUACAUGAGACAUCCACUGUACAAAGGAAUGAAACUCAGAUACCAAAUCAAUGAAGAUGUAAGCAACUUGAGUUUAAUUUGCUUUUAUACAUUUUGCAGUGCCACAUGCUGUAACUGGGGCCACCUAGACAAAGUAGCCAAAUCGGAUUACAGGAAAAUAACAAUACAUUCCAAGGAAGUGGGUUGUGAGCCAAUCAGCAGCUCGUAACAAAACAAUAAAGUACUCGAAGCACAUGAUUUGAAAAUUGAUAGUAAACAUUUUUUAAGAAAGGGAAAUGUUUCACCAGACAAUGUUUUUAUAUUCGAAACUUUACAUACAACACCCAGGAGAUGUAUUUGUUUGACACUAAGCUGCUAUUUUGUCAUCUACCAGCAAUUUCUUCGCUACCAUUGCGGCAUUUUGCAAUAUCAAGUGACCUCAAGUUAAAAAUAUGACCAACGUUUACGUUUUUCGCCUCAAUCGACACCCUAACGGACCUCUUAGGAAACUAGGGCUAUCUUCAGGUUCAAAAGGUCACAUCUGUAGAUUGUGAUUAGUUGAUUUUGAUCCAUGUUGUCGAUCUUGUUUCGUGGUAAUUAUGAUUUACAAGUAACUUUCUUGGAAUGUAUUGUUAUUUUCCUGUCAUGCAAUUGGUCAACUUUGUCUAGGUGGCCCCAGUUAUAUAGUCGCACUGUAAUGUAGAUUUUAUGGAUGUAAAGCGAUCUUUAUGGUUAAAAUUUUUUUCAGAUCAGUUGAAUGUAGUGACUUGUCAGAUUAUGGUAAUGAAUUUAUAAGGUGAAAAAAGAAAAAAAUAACUUCUUGCUGUGUGAUAUUUUUCAUUGCAAAAGUAUCACAAAAUGUAAUUAUGAUAAAGACCAAGGGCUGGAAGAUAUAUGUUGCUUGCUCACUUGGUCAAUAUGUCCUGCUUUAUUUGCCUCUGUUGUUCCCUUACAUGCAGCUGCCACACUAUUAUAAUUUACAACUGACCACUAGAACUUAAUGUCAGGGUUUUAACACUGUAAGGGACUAGCAUCACAUCUAGGGGAAAGUUGAAAGGUUGUAGUAGGGAUAGAGGUUGUAUGUUUUCCUGCCGCUAGGGGUCAGUCUCACAUUGUUAUAUCACUUUAUUUCUUCUUUAGGUGUUAUCAAAAGUUGGUCAAGUAAGUUUCUUCUUUGUCAUCAAAAUGUUUUGGAUUUGUUGAUCACUUUUUUGACAGCCAUUUAUGAAGAGUAAAAGGAUUUCUGAUUUGUUUGCUUGGUCAGAAAGAAAUAAAUCAAUUACCCAUUCCCUCCUCUUCUGGGAAAAGAGGAAGAGUAACAUUAAUUUUACCAUAAAUUUUGAAAACUCAAUUUCUGAACACAGUCUUGUCUAGAAAUGAAAAAAAGAAAAGAAGGAAAGAAAAGAAAAGAUCAUUUGAUUAUUUGAAUCUCAUCAUACCUUAUACCCUUUUGAUAAUCCUUUACCUUUUCAAAGGAAAUUAAAUUAAUAGUUCAUUAAUUAUUUUAUUGCUAAAAAGAUGGGAAUUUCUUUUAGUCACCAGAGGAAGAAGCAAUUUAUGGAAGUGGAACUCAUUAUCACGAGCCUAAUAAGUUUAUAACCAAGGUCAGGAAAAUGCACUGAAAUUAUGCUAUUUUUUAAUUAAUAACAAAUUUUUGUCUCAAUUUAAUCAAUUAAAUGUUUAAAAAUUAUCCAACACAAAGUGCAAAGAUCAAGUUUACUUUACUAGGGGUGAUCUGUAAGGGUUAUGUUGAAAUUAAGCAUCUUUUUUCAAUAGCCUGCUUGUAGAGCAUUGUGGGAUUAUGAAGCUCAGAAUCACGAUGAGAUGUCAUUUUGUAGAGGAGCAUUUAUAACAAACGUGAGCAAGGAGGAUGGAGGAUGGUAAGAACUUUUACCUGGCAUGAUCUUUCAUGUUUCAAGUUGUUUCUGCUGUUGCCUGGCUUGCAUAGUCUUGAGUGAACCUUCAAUUCAUUGUGCUAACUGCGACAUACUGAAAUCAUACAGUACGAUUGAUCGUAGAAGUAAUGCUGAGUACGCAUUAGGAAUUUGUCCACAGGCUCUCCAGUUAAGCUACAUCAUAACAUAACAUUUCUGUAUUAUCCACUUUGAUCUUGAAGGGAAGGGAUCAAGGACAUCAUUUUAGGGAGUAUCAUCUAACAAGAUCUGUUUGAUCCCUGUGCUUAUUCAGGUGGAUUGGUGAUUAUGGAGGCCAGAAACAAAAAUUCUUUCCAGCCAACUAUUGUGAAGAGAUCAAUUAUGUUGCAGAGGAAGAGGCCAAGAUGAAUAAAUUCCAGAAUGGCUGCACAGAUGAUUUUUCAGAAGUGAGUAAUUAAUGCAACAUUUGUUGUAAUUCAAUGUUCUUUUGUCUGGGCUCACGGAGAUAUACAAAAAGUAUUAUGUGAAAGCAGUCUUAAGCCAAAGAAUCGUACCUCACCCUGUAUUGUACAAGAGGAUGAUGAACAGAUGAUAUGGACGUGUAAUUAAUUGUCUUUGUUGCUUUUAUGUAGCCUCAAGAAGUGUCCCCAUUAGGUGAUCUGCAAAAAGGAAGCAUAGAUCUUCAAGGAUGUUCAGUUGGUAUGUAAAUUACUGCAUGGUACUAAUGAAGGUAAUAAGAUGUAGCAUUUCAGGGCUUCCUGUGUUUUCACUUAUUAUAAUUAUGUUGUUUAACACAACUUGAAGUUUUAACUUAAAAUAUGAAUACACUCUUUUAACUGUCGAGCUGUCAAGCAUUUAUAAAAGUAGUACUACCUUGUUUUCGUUUAAUGCUCAGGGCAGUCUCUUAUAUCUUAAGCUACACUGUAAUGCGUUAUGAUUCUUAACUCAAAAAGCUGUUGUUCUGUUUUGUUGACACUGUAUUUACUUAUGGUUAAUUUGCAAACAAAAACGUUCUUGCAUUGACUGAGGUCAUUUCAAGCAUUUAACACCCUUGCAUCUAAUAUUAAUUUUGCUUCCCUGCUUAUCUGUACUAUUACCCUGAACUUCAUAGAACCAUUACCACCCAAAGGAGGCCAGACACACAUUAUUCGAAUUUCCAGACGUGAUGGACAAGUUCUGCUGGAAGCUGCAGGAGAAUCUCAGGAGGUACAAAGUAAAACCGUGCGUCUAAAAACCUGGGUUUUAAGAACCCUUUAGGCUAAAUUUUGACAGUUAAGCCUCCUCUAUUUAAGAACCUGUUUAGCCUAGAAUUUGAAACAGGUUCUUAUUUUCUAAAAUCUAUGAAAAACUUCUGGAUACUCAGACAAAUAUAAGAUAUGUCAAUUAAACCACCAGAUACUCUUAGCUAUAUUGUAUUUUUUCUUCUUUGGAAACUAAGAACUUAUUUAAGAACCUACAUAGCCUAAAUGUGUGCUAACUACCAUUUAUACAAGAACUUGUUUAGGCUAACUUGGAAAAAUCCAGGUUCGUAGUCGUGGGGUUUUUCUGUACUGAACUUCACACACAUGACUGUUUUCCUUGGGACUAGUUCAAAAUGUACUGAUUGUAAGCAGUGCUCCCCUUCCUUGACUACCCUCUAGACCCCAUCGGUUGUGAAAGGAGUGAUAAUUAUGAGGGAUUAUAUUGAAUAAUGGUGAAAAUCAACUGACAUACUGCAGGUACAGCCAAUUGGCCUUUAUUUCCGCUGCCCGGUUAGCUCAAUGUGAUAAACGCCGGUCUGCUGAGCGAGAGGCCGUCGGUUCAAACCCCGACCGGACCAACACUCACGGACUUUAAAUAACUGAGGAGAAAGUGCUGCCUUUGUAAUAACAUCUGCAAACGGUUUGACUUUCUAGUCUUCUCGGAUAAGGACGUUAAACCGUAGGCCCCGUCUCACAAGUCCUUGCACAUGUAAUAAAAAAUCUGUGGGACGUUCAAGAACCCACACACUCUUCGUAAAGAGAAGGGCAGGUACUGCCUGGUGUAGUGGUGUCUAUCUCACUUUCACUCUCAUGUAUGGGCAUAUCAUUACUCAUUCCUUCAUUACUUGUAAACUGCACCUUAAGCAGGCUGGCAAAGUCCCCGAACCAGUGUUGUGAAUUAUCCCUGAAAAGCCCUGAGGGGAGUGGAUAAUAUGUUAUUUACAUUUACAUUUUACAUUUAGGAUUUACAUGAAUGGUUACCAGUUCUGCAACAAAUGGCAGAUGAGAGGCAAGCCAUAGUACAAAGAAUGGUUAGACAGUCAAACUUGAGCCAGGAGCUGUCUGACUUGGUGGUCUACUGCCAGCCCAUACCAUUUGAUAUAGAAAGUAAGUUGAGGCUGUAAUGAGGAAACUGGAAUGAUUCAAAAUGUAUCAAUAACUUUCUGACACCUUAUAACUCAUUUUUGUUUUGCUUGCAUUAACCUUCAAGCUCGUAGUAAUAAGGGAGAUUUUCCCUAAACCAUAUUCACUGGACUUGACGGGAUCUCUUAUAACAAGAUUUUUUGCUGAUUUAUUAUUAUUUUUGUUGUGGCAGAUGUGUCUGGUAGACAUUAUGAGAUGUCUUCAUUCCCAGAAACAAGACUAGAACGGUUUGUUAGCAAGAGAUGGAGCAAAGUGUUUAUUAAAUAUCCUUUCUGAACUAUUUUACAGAAAGCAGGUGAUAGUUAUUAUAGGUCCUUGUUUUUCAUAAGUCUUUUUUAUUAUUAUUUUAAAUUCCAACCCAAAGAUGAGUAUUGAUUUCCAAAGUCAUUUUUUGCAAGGCAAUUUAGGGUUGCUGCCUUAAAAUUACGCAGAGAAGCACACAGGGAACCAAGUUGAGUUACUAGCCCUUUCACAGGAAAAACAUUUUUGUCUGCAAAAGAUUGUUUUAGGUGCUAUAGGUUACUGCAGUUAUGCUAGGCAACACAGUGUUUUUGUGGCGUGAAUCAGAAUUCUUUAACAGGAGUGUAGAUAUCAUAGGAAACAGUUCAGCAGAGUGUAUCCCAGGGGGAGCAGAAUAGACUCAUCCAACUAUGAUCCAGUGUCAAUGUGGAAUCAUGGAGUGCAGUUGUGUGCACUCAAUUACCAAACACCAGGUAACAAAAUCUUGGUGCAGUACGGUUAAUUUACUACCAUUUAUGACACUAUGGUUAAAAGUUUGCACUUUUCUUUCUUCGUCUUGAACCUUGUCACUCGUCUUGUCAUAUGUUUGUGUAUUUUCAGAUCGAGCAAUGCAGCUGAACCAUGGUAAAUUUCUCGACAACGGAAGGUGACUGUUUCUCCUUCUUUGUUUUUUUUUUAUAUAGAGUGGAUCCGUGGCUGAAUUCCAACCAUUUUGAACAAGUCUGGUUACCAUCUUUCCCAGAGGCAUUGUCCUGGGGGAGGGAAUGCAUGCAAAACAGCCUGCAAAAUUAUCUGAAUUUUGCCACUCUCUAGAACUCUUGAUUGCUGAAAAUAAGGGAGGUUUCAAGCAGAGUUCUCACUUGUCUGACUGUUGAUUUCUUUGUUUGAACAUUGUAGGUGUGGCUACGUUUUACAGCCUGAAUGCAUCAGGAAUGAUAAAUUCGACCUUUAUGAUAGAGAUGCUGCUGGUGUCGAACCAUUGACUCUUACACUAACAGUAAGUCAGUAGCUCCUCUAUUCUCAUUAGGGAAAACACGCACAAAAGCCCAAGUUAGCAUCAAGUCACUUCCUAAAAUUGUCAGCAUGGCCCCGGGGAACACACGGCAUAGCCUGCUUGAUUAUUCAGCCAGUUCUAGUAACGUUUAGGUCUCGGCACCCUCUAUAGCAGUUCUCGCCCCUUCCCCCUCCCCUCCCCCACCUCAUCCUAACUACGGAUAUUGCAGCAGUUUUUGAGUGGGUCCCGUUAAAACAAACCAUUCAUUAAUUUUGCUCAAUACGAUAGCUAAGAAUGUUUGAAUAAACCAGUGAUAUUUAAAAUCCGUUUUAAGUCCUGAUUAAUUUGUCGGCAAAUUGGCGCGAGAUUUGCUGUCAGUUUCAAACUUUCUUUCCACACUCAAAAUGAAAUGCUUUUGCAACAUUGUUUGUAUUAAAUCCAACGAGAUUGUGCCGCUAAUUUAAGCUGUAUGUAAUAGUUGUUUGAUUACUCAUUUUUUUGCUUGUGAGUAGAAUCAUUAGUCGCCUCUAGAUUAAAUGAAAUACCUUGAUUUGUCUUUUGCAGAUUAUCUCAGCAAGACAUUUGGUGAAGUCAGGGCGUGGAAUAGCGUCCCCCUUUGUAGAGGUUGAGAUUGUGGGGGCACCAUAUGACAACUUCAAAUUCAAGACAGAAACUAAACGUAAACUCCCUUUUCUUCCAAUAUCAUUCGUUAGACUGUGUAAUAAGAACCAACGGACCUUUUCAACUAAAGAUUCCAAGAAUGAAAGUGUCUCUCUUUCUUUUUUUUUUUUUUUUAAUCUCGUGUGAUUUCACUGUGACCUCAAAUCUGUAAACGUGCCUUUGCCAAAAGACAAGAGAAACAGAAACAAAGGACUCACAUGACAUUGACUUGUCUGACUUGUCUAUGAUGAGCAAAUUCAAGAAAUAUUUGCUUGUCUCCCCUGUACUCUGAGGCCAGUUUCUUGAGGGUUAAUUAGGCUAGCUCCACCCCUACCUGUUUUUUCUGGACCUUUUUGGGUCAUUAUGGCUGGGUCUCUGAUUAAACGACUCAAUUACUGUUUGUAAUCUGCACUUGCAUGUCCUUACACAGGGAAAUAUUUUGUUAUAAAUUUCUCUUAAACCUGGGUCGUUGCACUGGCUUUUCAGCUAAAUAUUUCGUCUAAUCAAAAGGAACUGAAUUUCUAUAAACGGGUGCUAAAAAUUCUUACUGAGUUUUGAAAGAAGCAUGGAGGUCCAGACUGUAAUAAAACGUGGCUUUGUUUUAUUUUAGCUGAUAAUGGUUUGAAUCCUGUUUGGUGGGUUAAAUUUGAUGUUGAUGUUAUCAAUCCUCCUCUUGCCUACCUUCGCUUCGUCGUCAAUGAUGAAGAUAUGUUUGGUGAACCGAAUUUCAUCGGACAUGCCAUCUUUCCUAUGUGUAGCUUGAAAACUGGUAUGUAUUUGUUAGUUAACGUGCCAGAAGAAAAUAUGAUUCCUUUUGCAUGUUAACCGAUAGGUAUAUCGAGACAGGACUUAUUUGAAGUUUGAGGAAAAAAUGCCUUUUAUAGGUGACCUAGCUGCAUAAACUCCCUUAUAUAAUUUGUUGUCAUAGUCACAGUAGUGUUACUUCUAACCAAGGGGGAGAAUUGUUACUUUUACAAAUUCUUUGAGGGCAAAGAAGGGUUACAACCUACAGAACUUUGAGAAACAUGCUUUGCCAGGUUAGAGUGGUCAGCUAAGGAGCUCAAUCUUCUUUUUCUUAAAUCAAGUCAGUUUGAAUUUUUUCCCUAUAGUUACAGCAUUGUUUUCAUAUCCCAGCAAAGGUAAACAAAGGUUUGUCUUCUUGUCGUGGUGUCUUGAAUCCCUGACAGGAUUCGAACCUCUGUCGUCUCCCAAACGACGGGAAGGCGGCGCACUACCUUUGGAACUAUGAAGACUGAGACUCAUGGAGGGCAAGGGGGCGGUGCGCCACCAUGUUCAUAUAUCACGUACUUCCUGAGAGCUGACUGUAUGAAAGAUGCCGAUGCCUGUGACGGGACGGUUAUCGCAUCUUUGUCUAGAAAUUAAUCAUCUUGUCAUGUUUUAUUUCUUUGCACUUUUUUGUUGUUGUAUGCAGGUUACAGGUCCGUUCCACUGAAGAAUGCUUACAGUGAUGAGUAUGAACUGAGUUCCUUACUGGUUCAUAUUGACAUCAGAAGUGCUAUGGUAAGCUGGCAUUAACCUCCUCCCCUUCUUCAGCACCCUUCACCUGGAACCAUGCAUUGGUUACAUAAUAUGAGCAUAGAAAAAUUACUAGAAUAUAAUCUUCCGUAUGCCUCUUGUGAAAGGUAACAAAUUAACUGUAAAAUAAACACAGACCAGUAGAAAAUUCCAAUCCACGUGAUUCAAACACAGCACACAGUUGGAGAAGUUACAAGUGUACGUACAGUUCAAGUGAUUUUUAACCUUAAGUUUUCAUUCCCUACUCUAAACGUAUUAUGGACACUACAGUUAUUUUCUCUUUGAAAACGUCUUGCAACCUUUAUCUACUGUCUUCGUCACCAAUUUUUUCCUUCAUUGUGAGUUAGGGUUAAGUUAAAAAAAGAACAAACGAAAACUCACAGGAAAAUCAAGAAUGUAAUUACUGACAUUCUGUAUCGUAUAGAAUGAGUAGAGGACUGGGGACCUUGUGGGUUCGUUCUGUUGAAUUGUAGCAGUGGUCAACGGUUCCUGUUAAUUUGUGCUCCUUGUUAGCUUCUUGUAACCUUGCUUUGAUAUUUUUGACAGGGUGGAGAUGAGAACCUGUAUGCAUCUAUCCAAGUACUGCGUGACAAGGUUGAAGAAAUAUCACAUCAUAUGCAGGACGAGGAGCUGAAAGCUCGUGUAACAAUGUCCAAUUUACUGAGUCAACACACUGGACCUCAGUCGCUAGAACAGUUUCAAGAUCAUCAUGAACAUCAGAUGGAAAGUCUUGGAAAACAGCUUAAACAGCAGCAAGAUGAUCUACGUAGAUUGCAGAAGGAAAGAGCCGCCAGG